CUCCUGUUGAGGACCCAGUUUAACAGCAUUCCUGAUGUGUUGUUAUAUAAAACAGAUCACGGUGAAAACAUCAGCAAAUUAUUCCACGCUGACUCUACAGAACCUGGGAGAGAUGACAACUGUCUCUGCAAAUGUGAGUGAAUAUCUGAUUAUUUAUUUCAAAUUUGUCAUUUAAAUACAGUACUUUCAGUCAUUUUGUCAUUUCUGCUAAUUAAGCUAUUACUAGAAAAUAGGAAAAAGACCACAUCUGGAUAUAAUAAAAUGAUUUUGAGCAGGUCUGUUAUUGCAGGAAAUGUCAAUCUUUUACAGGUCACCUGCUUGAGCAGGUUGACAUGGUUCAGAGCUCAUCAGCUUUACUGGUCAGCUGUGUGCACUCAGGUGUUAGUCACAAGGCUGAAAACAAAGGUCAGCUCAUGUUCUUCCAGUCUGUCACAAAUAUUCAAGAUGCUGAAAACACCAGACGUGCUCCUUCUCUUCUGUCUUGUCGGGACAGCGGAUGCCCUGUACAAACAGUGGAUUCCUGACACCAACUACGAGAAUAAGACCAACUGGGACAAAGGAGAGGUUCCCUGUGGUAAUGACAUAGUUGAGUUUUUAGCCCAGAAAAAAGUGUCUGUGUUUGUGGAGACCACACAUGCCGUGCAGGAGUUGAGGCUACCAGUUCAUGGAGAAUUCAUCCUUAAUUCUGGAGCUGGAUUUUAUGUCAUGAGUGGACAAGACGAAGAUUGCGGGCCAGGUGUCACGACCCAGUUCAAAGAUUCAGAGUCUCUUCAGUGGUUUAACCCUGCUCUGUGGCAGGCAGCUGCAACUCAGGAUGACCUGCAGGAUGGAAACUUCUUAUUCUCAGUCCACGAGGAGAGUGUCCCUUGCAAAUAUGAUGAUGUAGUUUUCAAAGCCCGCUCCUCUUUCAGGGUGGACACCAGCUCCAGUCAGUCCAGCAUUUCUGUCAAAUCUGUGUCUGUGCUGGGGAAGACGUUUGAUAGCAAAUCUGAGUUCUCCGAGUAUCUCAGCUCACACUCAGGACAACUGCAGUUUCACGGAUCCUCUGCUGUCACUGUUGGAGACCCAGGUUGUGGGGAUCCUUCUGGCUGUGACUGUGGAAACUCUGUAAAUCACCAGCAGAUCUGUGGCACUGUAACAUGUACCUCUCUGAGCUGUAAGAAGCCUCUCCUACCUGUUGGACACUGUUGUAAUGUUUGUGGUGCCAUCGUCACCAUCUAUUAUACGGAUGGCUUCAAUCUGCAAACCUACAGGGAACGAAUCCAACACCUCUUUCUUUCCCUGUCGAAAUACAAGUCCAUUCAGCUGGGCAUGUCUAAAGUCUUCAAGACACAGCGUUUGAUGGGGAUCAUCCCUUUUGGUACGUCACCUGAGAUCCAGGUAGUUAUCCUGGAUGGAGACAAGGGAACCAAAUCAGCAGCUCUGGCCAAGGACAUUUUGAAAGACAUCCGCUCUCAUGGCUCUAAUCUGGGGAUAACUGAGGCUAAAUUUCAAGCAUCCUCUGGUGGCAACACUGAAAGUAGUGCUGGGAUGGUGGUUGGUGUUGUGUUUGGAGUUUUAAUUAUAAUCACAUUCAUUGUUUUGGUGGUUGUCCUGAUGCGCAAGGGGGUCGUUAAAAUGCCAUCAUUGCCUUCGCUGCCGUCUUUGAGCAUCUUUAAGAGAAACAGUGACGAUGGAGACCUUAAUGGGACUCUUGAUCAUGGCUUUGAUAAUCCCAUGUUUGACAAACCUAACAUGCUGCCUGAUAUUCCUGGUCUGUAUGGGACUGAAAAUUCAAUUUCUUUGACCCCAACAGGCGUGCACUUUGUAAAUCCAGUUUAUGACGAGAAUGAAACUGAUUUUACUGCCUGAAGUUGACUGCAGUGAACUUUGGGUAUGUUAAUGAUUUCCAAUGUACUUCUGUAUUAAACUGAUGAUUUUACAGACCCUUCAUAAACU